AUGCAUGGAAGUCUGCUGCGAGUACGAGCCGGUGGCUGCCGUGCGCGAGCGGAACAGACUCAAGGGAAUCAGGAAGAACACAAUCGACGCGCGCAACACGGCCGACCAGAUGACCAUCGAGGCGGUGCAUGUGUGCACGCGCGAGUGCGGCAAGCUGCUCUCGUGCGGCAAACAUUACUGUCAGAUGACCUGCCAUCUUGGGCCCUGUCGACCGUGUCUGGAGUCCUCGUCCGAGGACCUGGUGUGCCAUUGCGGCCAGACCGUCGUUGCCGCUCCUGUGCGGUGCGGAACCAAGCUCCCCGUAUGUCUGAACCAGUGCCAACGGCCGACGAAAUGCGGCCACCGGCCAGAGAUCCACAACUGCCACGAGGACGACAAGGAGUGUCCGCGGUGCACGGAGCGCGUGACAAAACACUGCCAGUGCUCGAAACGCGUCGAGAUCAAGAACGCCAUGUGCUACCAGACGGUUGUUUCGUGCGGCCGUGUCUGCAACGAGCUUCUUCCGUGUGGUAG